AUGAGUUGGAACAAGAACACGACCACCAUGGAUCUACUUUCUCUCAUCGACACCAGUGCUGCGAGCUGGAAGGGAGAAGAGACCACCGAUCCGUCGAACGCGGAUAAUGGUGGAGGUGCUCAUGACUCUGGUGAGAACGGAGGCUCGACCGAUGACACUGGAGGAUUCGGCGGAGGUGGAGGCGCCGAUGGCGCCUGUCGCAUCUGUCAUCAGGAAGGUCACUUUGCUCGUGAGUGUCCCGAGAAGCCUGCUGGAGGCGGCUUGACCGGCGAGUGCUUCAACUGCGGCGAGGUUGGACACAACAAGGCCGACUGCACCAACGCCAAGGUCGAGCGUGAGUUCACUGGCAACUGCAAUGAGUGCGGUGAGCAAGGUCAUCAGGCUCGCAACUGUCCCACCAAGCCCCCUGUUGCUUGUCGCCUCUGCGGCCAGGAGGGUCACAAGGCGCUUCAUUGCACGUCGCGCCGCAUCAUCGACUACAAUGGUGUUCCCGAGCUCACCGAACAGGAUGCCUGGGCUUCUGUCGUUAAUUCCUGCAAGGACAACGACAUGGACAUUUUUCGGUUGGCACUCCGAGCCUAUGCCCGCGCCCUUGACGAUAAGUUUGAUCUCGCUACGGUUGAGAAUGCUCUACGCGAGGAGAAGUACCCCUUCUACUUGAUUGCUCGUAAGCAGGAGAUUGCCAUCACCAACACGAUCGUUGACCUCAUCGGCAAUCCCGACCGCGAGUUUGUCUUGACCAUCCAGACUAGCGCUAAACCGCGUCGCAAGAUGAUGCGUGAGGGCUGGCCUGCGACCCCUGAGGAAAACCUCGUUCGUCUUGCCUCUGCUGGAUUCGUCGAGGGUCGUGGUGUCCCUCUCUGCGGCAACUGUGGCGGUCACUUCGGCAAGGAGUGUCCCAACGUUGAGAAGCGCACUUGCCGUAACUGUCACUCCGAGGACCAUAUGGCUAAAGAUUGCGAUCAGCCUCCAAAUCCGGAUAAUGUGACCUGCCGCAACUGCGAGAAGCUCGGCCACUUCGCUCGUCAGUGCCCUGAGGCCAAGGAUUGGUCGAAGGUCAAGUGCACCAACUGUGGAGAGAUGGGUCAUACUAUCCGACGCUGCAAGGUGUCUGUCCAAGACGAUGCAGGAGCCCAAGACGAUGCAGGAACCAGCGGUGGAGCUCCUGCCACUGGAUCUGGCGAUACUGCUGCCGGCGCUUGGGACACCCAAGGCGCUGUCGAGUCUUCCGCUGCGGCUGGAGAAUGGAGCGGCAAAGAUGCUGGCAACCCCGAUGCCGAUGCUGCUGGUUGUAUCUGGUAA